CUGCUUGUUCUACUUUCACAGCGCAGAUCCACAGAAGAAGCAUGUAAGGUUUAGCUUGACAAAGCUCGUGCAAGUAUGUCAAAGUUGUCAACGAAAGAGCAAAGUGGCUGUCAAAAACUGUUAAGAUUAUUAACGCUGGACGACUUGUUCGCCCUUAAAGAUACAGUAACGAAUCGUCUGAUCGCUGUAGAGAGCACGCAAGAGGCCAUUGAGGCCAUCAUAACGUACUCACAAGACGCUGAGGAGCUCCUCAAGAGAAAGAAGGUGCACAGGGAUGUCAUUUUUAAAUAUCUGGCCAAUGAAGGAGUUGCUAUGCUCCCUAACAGUGAGAAACAGCAGUUGAUCAGGAGGACCAUUGAGUACUGGUCAUCUGGGGAGAUCUCAAAGCGUGAGAAGAACACAGUGGUUUCAGAAGAUGUUGGAGACGGUCUGUCAGACCUUCCAGCUUUGGGAAAUCAGUUUUGCCAGUGGUUCUUCACCCUUCUGAACUCUCAAAACCCCACUCAAGGGCAGCCGGCUCAAGACUGGGGUCCUCAGCAUUUCUGGCCAGAUGUGAGACUUCGGCUCCUCUCGUCUACUGGAGAGCAGCGUGUCGAUGAGUUCAACGGGGCAGAGCUGGUCAGUCAGCGGCUUCAUGCUUUCGCAGGACAAGAGGGUCUGUUGUUCUGCCCGAACUUGGAGGGUCAAGGGUUAAAGUGUAUAUCUUCAGCUCAUGGACUAGUGUUAGUGGCUGUAGCCGGGACCAUCCACCGUGAAGAUGCCUGCCUUGGGAUUUUUGAGAAAAUGUUUGGGCUCAUUCGCUCACCAAUGGACAAUAAUCGCUGGAAAAUAAAGAUUGUGAAUAUAAAAGUAGAAGCACAGAAUGCCAUCGCAGACAGAAAGUUACCAGUUAUUACAUAUGACUCAAAAGAGUUGCUGAGGCUUUGCGACUGAGAGUUCUACACAAGGUUUGUUUGGACUUGUUUUGACUCGGCUUUACAUGGAUGAUGUACUUUUCUGUCUAAAAA